GUCAAUUCCGAGGCCGCGGCAAAGCGAAAUCUAAUCUUCACACCCAACCACCCACGGCUACACCAUGGCGAAUACUGCAGCGACAAUACCACGCUUGAUGAAGCCUCAUUUCACCUGGAGUGCAAAACAUGCGCAGCACGCAGCGUUUGGAGGUGCUGUGGCCUCAAGAGCGCGGGGGCUUCAUUCAGCGACAUCGGAACGGCCAGCGCGCCCCUGUUCGACUGCAACUCGAACAUAUCUUUCAACACGGCGUUGGGAAAAUGGCAUACAAACGCAGUGCUCGCGUAUAUCCUCUCACCCAGCGGUGAGGCGAAGCUUCAGCGCGACUGCUGCGCGACACAAAGACCAUCAUUUCGACACACUCAAGUUUGUGCAGCGAUUGAAGGACGAGGGGUUCACGGAGGAGCAGGCGGUGGCCAUGAUGAAAGUGUUGAGCGAUGUCAUCGAAGAGAGCAUCCAGAACCUCACGCGAACCAUGGUGCUUCGUGAAGAUCAGGAGAGGGCAACGUACACGCAGAAAGUUGACUUUGCCAAACUGCGCUCAGAGCUCAUGACGGCCGACUCUACUGAAUCAUCACUGACGCGCGCAUCGCACGAACGAUUGACGAACGAGAUUGCCAAGCUGAAUUCGCGGCUGCGGGACGACAUCCAGCGCACGCAAGCCUCUGUGCGACUGGACCUUAACUUGGAGAAGGGCCGCAUACGGGAAGAGGCCAAUGUGCAGGAGCUGAAGCUGAAGGAGACGGAGACGCGGAUCGAGCAGGAGACUGCGACAUUGCGCGAACGACUCGAGGCAGUCAAGUUCACAACGCUGCAGUGGUUGAUGGGUGUUUGCACGGGUACGGCGGCCCUCAUGCUCGGUGUUUGGCGUUUGUUGAUGUGA